ACACGUUUAUAGCAGUAGAUUUUCCCUGAGUAUGGAAAAUCGUCGUCCAGAAUAAUUUGAAAACAUAAUCAAAAAUUAAUACUAAUUUCAGUGGCCUUUGCAAUACGGCUCAAAUAGCUAGCAAUCAAUACCAUAACUACCUUAUAUGACUUAAUAAUCUGGAUCAUUUGUACAAUAAAGCUGGUGUAAAGUGGUGCAGCAACUCGACAGGGAACUCAUAGUGCAACGCCGAAAAGCCAAUUGAAGGAAUCACACUUCCAACAGCAGCUGUGGAAAGAAGCCAAUUUACACAGCUACAAAUUUACCAACUUUUCAUCGAGAACCUUAACAAUAGCGAUGGCCGGUGACACACUGAAACGCGCCUUAGACCGGGAGUCGAUGACCCAGCGGCCCCCCAAGCGUAGGCGUUGCAAUCUCUUCGGCCAGUCGGCGGUCCUGUCGCGAGACCGCGAUGGACCCACCAUCUCUUCGGGGUUAGCGCAGACGCCCAGCAAUCGCUUCGCCAAGGACAGCUUUGAGCCGAGCCCAUUCUCGGAGGCCGCUCUGGCCCAAAUGUCGCCUGACAAAAUGGCCAAAAAUUUGUGCAACGAAAUCAAAAGACUGCACAAAGGCAAGCAAUUGCCUAUCACAGCGGUCGCCAUUGAGCGCAUGCAGAACUCCGAGUCGAGCGGUUCGGAAAUGGGUUCGGACAGUCCACCGAACCAGAUGCGGCACUGCGAGAAGGCGUUGUUCACAUUCCAACAGGUGCAGCUCAUAUGCGAGGGCAUGAUCAAGGAGCGCGAGGAUCAGCUGCGCGAGCGCUACGAGUCCGUACUGACCACCAAACUGCACAAGCAGCACGAUGCCUUUGUGAAAUUCACGUACGACCAGAUACAGUGUCGUUACAAGGCAGCGCCCAGCUACUUGUCGUAGGGCACACAAACAAAAAAAUUUAACAUUAACAAUAAUUGCAACACAAUCUUAAGUGACGGUAGAUCUACCGCAACAACCAGAGCCCGCAUUAAAACUAAAUCAAGAAACAUGGGAAACUAAACAAGAAAACCAUAGCUUACAAGAAAACUACCAUACAAAUUGUAAAUUGUGUUUAUUGGGUUUAUGAUAAAUAUUUUGAAAUAAAUGUAAAGUUAAAGUUUACGACUACAACUA